CAGAGCAGGAGCUGUCACCGUCAGACCGAAUGUGAUCGUGGAGGCUCAGGGCACAGUGGAGAAAUGUGCACGUGGCAGGCCCUCGUCCAAUCACAGGCCGGGGCAGCCACCCCCCCCUACUGCCGCGCGUGAAUGCAGCACGGGACCGAGCUUUGUACGUAUGCGUGCGUGUGACGUCACUCCCCUUAGUAACCCUCGGCGGCGUCUCCAGGAGAGAAGCAACAAGAUGGGAUUGCUGUCCAUCCUGCGUAAGCUAAAGAGCACACCGGACCAGGAGGUGAGGAUACUGCUGCUGGGUCUGGACAACGGCGGGAAGACCACCCUGCUCAAACAGCUGGCGUCCGAGGACAUCAGCCACAUCACCCCCACACAGGGAUUCAACAUCAAGAGCGUCCAGUCUCAGGGUUUUAAACUGAAUGUCUGGGACAUUGGAGGCCAGAGGAAGAUCAGGCCGUACUGGAGAAACUACUUUGAAAACACUGAUGUGUUGAUCUAUGUCAUCGACAGUGCAGACAGGAAGAGGUUCGAGGAAACCGGUCAGGAGCUGGCUGAGUUGCUGGAUGAAGAGAAGUUGAGCGGCGUUCCUGUUCUCAUCUUCGCAAACAAACAGGAUCUGCUGACCGCCGCCCCGGCCUCCGAGAUCGCAGAGGGUCUCAACCUGCACACCAUCCGCGACCGCAUGUGGCAGAUCCAGUCCUGCUCCGCCCUCACCGGUGAGGGGAUUCAAGAGGGGAUGAACUGGGUCUGCAAGAGCGUCAACUCCAAGAAAAAGUAGCUUCUAGUCUUCUGCUCCUCAGGAGGAAACGACAGCAGCAGCACACAAACAGACACACAAAUGCACAAACGCACACACACACACUACACACACACCACAACACACCCACACACCCUCCUGAGCCUUAGUACGAUGGGAUAUACCUGUGAAUGUAAACACACUACUAAUCCAACAUGGACUUGGAGUUUUACCCCCUGCAUUCCUCUAUCACUGUUUUUACCAAAUCUCAACACAUCAUGCUAUAUUGGUCUCUAGAAAGAGGAGAGGUGGGGGUGGUGGUGGUGGUGGGGCUGCUGGAGCGGCCCACGCCAGGGAAUCCACCCCCUCUACGUCACCACCAGUGUCCCAGCCAAUCCCAGUCACCGUCCGCAGCCCGUCACAACCUCAAACAUUCCCGUUAAACCGCUCUUUCAUUGGAAUUCCAGCUUCUUCUCUUAACUGUUUCGCCCGCUGUCCUGGAAACCAGCUCCACCCCCCACCCCCACCUCCACCCUCCAAUCUCCAUCUCUUUCUCCGUCUCAUUCCGUCAGUUUUCUUUUACUUUUGUCAUUCCACAUCGGCUGUAAGCGCGUUUCCUGCUCUGUUUGAAGUGAGGUAUAUUUUUGUAACUGUUUUAUUUAUGGUGAAGUAGCGCGUAGAGUGCUUUGAAAACAACAACCAGUGUGUGUGUGUGUGUGUGAUUUUAAGGAAGUUGGAGAAAACGGUUUAAACUCUCCCCGAUAAAGAAUAUUACUGUACAUGUUAAUAUGUAUAAAAAAAGAUUAUGAGGAACUACAUUUUUUUUUUUUUGGAUCAAAUGUAAAUAGCUCAGCCCUGUGUUCAUGUGUUAGGUUAUGCACAUGUUAUAGAGGAUUCGUUACUCCGCUGUACUUGGUAAUCUAUAAUGUUUGCAUAUCUAAUAUGUGCUGGUAGAUUUUUAACAGAGGUAUGUACUGUAUCGUGAGGGAAUUCACUCUUUGGACGUCUCCUUUUGAUAUUCUUGAAUGUAAUCUGUCCAGAAUUGAAGGUACUGUAGGUGAAUUAAAACGUGUCUCAGAAAUCA